AUGGAAAGAUCUGACGCUUUUGUCCGUUUUCUUAUUGGUUUUUCUUUCCCCAUCAUUUCAGCCCAAAAACUAGUAAAAUAUCCGCAAUCUUCUUCGUCUGCCAAUGAUAAUCAAUGGAGUGCAGAACAAGUCCCAUGUGAGCCUUUAACCUGUUCGGUCAAAUGCUUGAAAGAAGCAUGCUUACAAGAGAAAACUUUUAGUAGGUGUUGUAUGAGAAAACAAAGGAGAAAAAAAAAACAUAAAAUGGAUGUGAAGUUUGGGUUCCGACACAACUCAUUACAACCAAUUGCCAAUCAAUCACUCAUUGUGAACAGAAGUGGAAGAAUAAAGUAUGUACCACCGUCAACAACUCUCUCUCUCUCUCUCUAG